AUGUCCGAAAAAAUUGAUUGGGCUAAAUAUGUAUCUGAAACAGAAAAAAAGAUUGAAUGUGUGGAAAUAUCAAAUAGUGAUGAAGCAGAGAAAAAAAGUGAGGAUUCUGAUAAACCGAAUCCCGCCGAUGCCUCGUUACUGGCUAAAAUAAUUCGUAAAGGUUUAGUAGAAAACAAAAAUGACAUAGAGGUACAAAGGAAAGAUCCCCGAUCUCCGUUGUAUUCUAUUAAAAGUUUUGAAGCAUUAAAUUUGGAUCCAAAUCUUCUAAAAGGUGUUUAUGAAAUGGGAUUUAACGCGCCCUCUAAAAUACAAGAAACCGCCCUUCCUGCAUUAUUGGCGGAUCCUCCGCAGAAUUUAAUUGCACAAUCUCAGUCAGGAACUGGCAAAACAGCAGCGUUUGUACUGGCAAUGUUAUCUAGGGUAGACGUCACCAAAAAGUACCCUCAAGUUUUGUGCCUCUCACCCACAUAUGAAUUAGCAAUACAAACUGGAGAGGUUGCAGCCCAUAUGGCAAAGUUCUGUCCCGAAAUCGAAAUGAAGUACGCAGUUAGCGGGGAAGUAGUACCGAGAAAUACACAUCUGACAGAACACAUCAUAAUAGGGACACCUGGAAAGGUUCUCGAUUGGGCGGUCAAAUUUAGAGUUUUCGAUCUCAAAAAGCUUUGUGCGUUUGUGUUGGACGAAGCCGAUGUAAUGAUCUCUAUGCAGGGACAUCAAGACCAGUGCAUUAGAAUUCACAAGAAUUUGAAUGCAGCCACUUGUCAAAUGAUGUUCUUUUCAGCUACAUAUGACCAACAAGUCAUGGAUUUCGCCGAACUUAUUGUAAAAAAUCCUAUUAUAAUUAGAUUGAAGCGAGAAGAAGAAAGUUUGGAUAAUAUUAGGCAGUACUAUGUAAGAUGUAACAAUCCAGACGAGAAAUACACUGCCAUUACAAAUAUAUACGGUACAGUAGGUAUAGGACAGGCUAUAAUAUUCUGUCACACAAGAAGAACUGCAGCUUGGCUCUCUGAAAAAAUGUCCAAAGACGGUCAUGCAGUAGCAGUACUUUCCGGUGAUUUAACAGUAGAACAACGAAUAAGCGUCUUAGACAGAUUUAGAGAAGGCAAAGAGAAAGUACUUAUAACAACAAACGUUUUAUCGCGUGGUAUUGAUGUCGAACAGGUCACAAUAGUUGUUAAUUUCGAUCUACCGAUCGACAUGAACGGCAAAGCGGAUUGUGAAACUUAUCUCCAUAGGAUUGGUAGAACCGGAAGAUUUGGCAAAAGUGGAAUCGCUAUUAAUUUGGUCGACUCGGAAAAAUCCAUGGGCGUUUGUAAAGCAAUAGAGCAGCAUUUCGAUCGAAAAAUUCACCUCCUGGAUACGGACGAUUCAGACGAAAUUGAGAAGAUUGGAAAUGGAAAUUAA